CCAACCUUCAUCCAGCCAUGGCGAUCACGAAAGGCGAAGAAAAGGGCGAGUCGUCCACCUCUGCAGCAAAAAAGGUACUCAAGGCCAAUACCAAUGGAGUCGCCAAUUACGAAUUGCCAUGGGUUGAAAAAUAUCGACCAGUGUUCCUCGACGAUGUGGUGGGCAAUACCGAGACGAUUGAACGGCUGAAGAUCAUUGCGAAAGAUGGAAAUAUGCCUCAUGUUAUCAUUUCUGGUAUGCCGGGUAUUGGGAAGACAACUUCAGUGCUCUGUCUGGCAAGACAGCUUCUGGGAGACUCGUAUAAAGAAGCUGUUCUGGAACUGAAUGCCAGUGACGAAAGAGGUAUCGAUGUAGUACGGAAUCGAAUCAAGGGCUUUGCGCAGAAAAAGGUUACUCUGCCUCAAGGCCGCCAAAAACUCGUUAUUCUCGACGAAGCAGACAGCAUGACAUCCGGUGCACAACAAGCACUCCGCAGAACGAUGGAAAUAUACUCUUCGACCACCCGAUUUGCAUUCGCUUGCAAUCAGUCGAACAAGAUUAUAGAACCUCUACAAUCCCGUUGCGCGAUUCUACGAUACUCUCGCCUGACAGAUGCGCAGGUUGUGAAGAGGCUGCUCCAGAUUAUCGAGGCUGAGAAGGUGGAAUAUAGCGAGGACGGAUUGGCUGCUUUGGUCUUCAGUGCAGAGGGAGAUAUGCGACAGGCUAUCAACAACUUGCAGUCUACAUGGGCUGGAUUUGGGUUUGUGAGCGGAGACAAUGUCUUCAAGGUUGUCGACUCUCCACAUCCUAUCAAAGUUCAAGCCAUGCUCAAAGCCUGCUACGAGGGCAAAGUUGAUGCAGCGUUAGAGACACUGAAGGAACUAUGGGAUUUGGGAUAUUCAAGCCACGAUAUCAUCAGUACGAUGUUCCGAGUUACAAAGACUAUACCGACAUUGAGCGAGCAUUCGAAGCUGGAGUUUAUCAAGGAGAUUGGGUUUACGCAUAUGAAGAUUUUGGAGGGCGUGCAGACGCUUUUGCAGCUCAGUGGAUGUGUGGCUAGAUUGGCGAAGCUGAAUAUGGAUUCGAGGCAGUUCAUUGCUGCAAAGUAAUAUAACCGGAAGCAAGGAGGCAUUGGGAGGC